AUGGGAAGAAAGUUUGAUGAUCCUGAUGUACAAAGGGAUAUCAAAUUCUUGCCAUACAAGGUAGUGAAUAAAGAUGGAAAGCCUUACAUUCAAGUGAAGGUUAAAGGCGAGGUGAAAGUGUUUAGCCCUGAGGAAAUAAGUGCUAUGAUACUAACCAAGAUGAAGGAAACAGCUGAAGCUUUCUUGGGAAAGAAGAUAAGAGAUGCUGUCAUAACCGUUCCAGCGUAUUUCAAUGAUGCACAGAGACAAGCAACAAAGGACGCAGGUGCAAUCGCUGGACUUAACGUGGUACGUAUAAUAAACGAGCCAACAGGUGCAGCCAUAGCUUAUGGUCUAGACAAAAAAGGUGGGGAGACAAACAUCCUCGUGUAUGAUCUCGGUGGAGGAACAUUUGAUGUUAGUAUCCUUACCAUAGACAAUGGAGUCUUCGAAGUCUUAUCAACAAGUGGAGACACUCACCUCGGUGGAGAAGACUUUGACCAUAGAGUGAUGGACUAUUUCAUCAAACUGAUCAGGAAAAAGUAUAACAAAGACAUAAGCAAAGAUCACAAGGCGCUUGGUAAGCUAAGACGUGAAUGCGAGCGUGCUAAACGAGCUUUGAGCAAUCAACACCAAGUCCGAGUUGAGAUUGAGUCUCUCUUCGAUGGAGCUGACUUCUCUGAGCCUUUGACGAAAGCGAGAUUUGAAGAACUCAACAUGGACUUGUUCAAGAAGACGAUGGAGCCAGUGAAGAAGGCUCUUAAAGACGCGGGGUUGAAGAAGUCCGAGAUAGAUGAGAUAGUUCUUGUUGGUGGAAGCACUAGAAUCCCUAAAGUUCAGGAGAUGCUAAAAGAUUUCUUCGACGGCAAGGAACCUAACAAAGGGACCAACCCUGAUGAGGCUGUGGCGUUUGGAGCUGCGGUUCAAGGUGGUAUAUUAAGUGGUGAAGGUGGAGAAGAAACUCAAGAUAUUCUUCUGCUUGAUGUUGCACCGUUGAGUCUCGGUAUUGAGACGGUGGGAGGCGUGAUGACGAAGGUUAUUCCGAGGAACACGGCUAUACCAACAAAGAAGUCUCAGGUGUUCACUACUUAUCAAGAUCAGCAAACAACCGUGAGCAUCAAGGUUUAUGAAGGCGAGAGAAGCAUGACUAAAGAUAACCGUGAGCUUGGAAAGUUUGAUCUCACAGGCAUUCUUCCUGCUCCAAGGGGAGUAGCACAGAUAGAGGUGACUUUUGAAGUGGACGCAAAUGGGAUUCUACAGGUGAAGGCAGAAGACAAAGUUGCAAAGACGUCACAGUCUAUUACAAUAACAAACGAUAAAGGUCGUUUGACACAAGAAGAGAUCGAUGAAAUGAUUAGAGAAGCAGAGGAGUUUGCUGAGGAAGAUAGGAUUGUAAAGGAGAAGGUCGAUGCAAAGAACAAGCUUGAAACGUAUGUUUACAACAUGAAGAGUACUGUGGGAGACAAGGAGAAGCUUGCUGAGAAGAUAAGUGAAGAGGAUAAAGAGAAGAUGGAAGAGGCUUUGAAGGAAGCUUUGGAGUGGUUAGAGGAGAAUGUUAAUGCAGAGAAGGAGGAUUAUGAGGAGAAGUUGAAGGAGGUGGAAUCGGUUUGUAAUCCGGUUAUCAAGUCGGUUUACGAGAAAACCAAGGGAGAGAGUGAAGAGGAUGAUGAUGAAGAGUUAUAGAGUCAUGUAGUUUAAGGGUGUUUUUAUUUUUGUUAGGCUUAUUGGAUUUGCAAAUGUUUUUAGUUUUGUUUAGUACUUAUUAUCUACUAUGAAUAAAAGUUGCUAAUGAAGCCAA